GUUUCUCUGGCUUCUGCUCUUCAGCCUGGCCAUGGUGCUCUCCAAAGUGUCCGAAAGCCGCGGGGUUUUGGAAAGCGUCCAAAAAUUCUCCUUGCUGCCAACGUACCUGCCGGUGAGUUAUCACAUCCACAACGCAGACAUCUCCUUCUUCCUCAAAGAAGCCAACCAAGAUAUCAUGAGGAACUCUAGCCUUCAAUCCCGUGUGGAAUCCUUCCUCAUCUACAAAGCCAAGAGGCUGCCCACCUUAAAUGCCACCUAUGGGCCUUUUUCCAUCGAGCAAGCAGUACCUCAGGACCUGCUGUCUUCCUCCAACCUCUUCAGGUCCACCGUCCCCAGGAUAUCACUCAACUGGAAGUUGAAGGCCUACAUCUUGAACCGCAAUGUUUAUUCGAGCAGGCCCAAAGUCCAGGUUCUCUUCUACAUUGUCGGGAGAGAUUGGGAUGACUACAGAGUCUCGGAGCAGCUACCUUGCUUGAGGGUCUUCGCUUUUCGGGAGACGAGAGAAGUCCGGGCCACCUGCAGGCUAGCAGAAAGCCUGGGGUUUUGCACGGCAGAGUUGGACUUGCUCCCCAGCUGGUUCAACCCUCCCACCGUGGUGUCCGGCCGGAAGAAGUUUCUGAAUCAGUCGGAAGGGAGUCGAGUGGAAUUAUACUACGCCCUUCAAGACGAGAAUGGGGAUUGUACCAAGGAGGACUCGAGAAGGAACAACGGCGUCAGACCCGCACGCAAUGAUGUUGAUGAAUCAGGGCCGCCCCUGGAAAGGAUCGGAAGCGUUUUUCUCUACCAGGCCCAAGGGAGCCCCCCGUUAAGUGAACUGUGGCUGGAUAGUAAUGUCGUCCUUCAGUACCUAUCCAAGACCCUAAAGCAAGGAGAAGUGUUGACUUUCGUGGUGUCUAUGGCUAAAAACUCAACCCAGGACCAGUUCACAUUGAGGGUAAAGGUGAAGAGAGGGGUGAAAAUCUUCAGCAUCCGAGCCAGCAAUCCUUACAUUUGGGAAGUCCAAAAGAGCAUGGAUUAUUUUGGGAAGAAUUCCCCAGCAGUGAUAUUUUGCCAGAGAAAAACAGCCGGAAAAAGCACAUCUCCUUUUUCCUCGGAGAUCAUGCAGAUGGAUUUUGAGAUGGAAGCUCUCAGCGAAUGGCCGGGGAUGCAGUUCAUUACAUGGCAGGUCGAAUAUCCUGGAGGAAGGACAUCUGACCUCAGCAUCUCCAAGAUUUAUGUCAGCCAGAAGGAUCUCGUUGGCAUUCUUCCAUUAGCUAUGGAAGCUGAGAUCUUAAACACCGCCAUCCUUACUGGGAAGACGGUGGCUGUCCCCGUUAAAGUGGUCUCGGUGGAAGAAGAUGGAACCGUGACGGAUCUUGUAGAGUCCGUGGAGUGCAGGUCUUCAGAUGAAGACGUGAUUAAGGUGUCGGAAAGAUGUGACUACGUAUUCGUCAACGGGAAGGAAAUGAAAGGCAAAGUGAAUGCAGUGGUCCAUUUUACAUACCAACAUCUGAACAGCCCCCUGGAAUUGACUGUGUGGGUUCCUCGCCUCCCAUUGCAAAUUGAAGUCUCCGACACAGAGUUAAAUCAGAUCAAGGGCUGGAGGAUCCCCAUCGUUUCUAACAAGAGACUUGUUAGAGACAGCGAUGAUGAAGAGGAGGAUGAGAGAAAGGGAAGAGGUUGUACUCUCCAGUACCAGCAUGCAACAGUACGGGUCCUUACUCAGUUUGUAGCUGAACCCUUGGACUCUGGUGGCCAAACUACUUACCUGCUGGGCUCCGACUGGCAAGUGGACAUCACUGACCUAGUAAAAAACUUCAUGCAAGUGGAAGAGCCAAGGAUUGCCAAGCUGCAAGAUGGACAGGUGCUCAUGGGACAGGAGUUAGGAAUGACUACCUUACAGAUCCUGUCCCCACUUUCCGAUGCCAUCUUGGCGGAGAAGACAGUGACGGUCCUGGAUGAGAAGGUGACCAUCACUGACCUGGGCGUCCAACUGGUAUCAGGGCUCUCGCUCUCGUUACAGCUGAGCACCGGAAGCAACAGAGCCAUCUUCGCUACAGCAAUCGCCCACGAAGUGCUUCAAGCAGAAAAGCAGGAAGCCGUGAUGAGUUGCUGGAUCCAGUUCAGUGAUGGAGCAGUUAUGCCCUUAGACAUAUACGACGCCCAGGACUUUUCUUUGGUGGCCACGUCUCUGGAUGAGAAGGUGGUGUCCGUCCACCAGGCUCCCAAGUUUAAGUGGCCUUUCCUCGUGGCCGAGUCAGAAGGCCAGGGUCUCUUGGUGAAAGUGGAGCUGGUCAUCAGUGAAUCGUGCCAGAAGUCAAAAAGGAAGAGCAUUCUGGCAGUGGGUACCGGAAACAUCAAAGUCAAAUUUGGCCAGAAUGACACUGUCUCCAACCCAAGUGACAGUAAGCAUGGCAAAGACGGGGUCCACCUGGAGAACCGGACCACUGAUCGUCGUCAGAAGACAAGCUUGCAGGAGAGAUCUCGCCCAGAGGGACCUUACUACAGCUCCUCCAUGGGACAUGAAGAAACCAGGACGACUAGCACUCAGAAGUCCAUCCUGAGCAAGAAAGAAGACCGCGAGAGCCUCCUAGACGACGACGGCCGUAUGCAAACUCUCCCGAUAGACUUCACCAGUUUCCCAGCUCAGGUAGACCUGCCCAGGAGCGAUGGGGAUUUGGAAGAGGACGAUGCUGAGGAGACACCCAGGGGCUUAAGUGACUUGGAAAUCGGGAUGUAUGCUUUGCUCGGUGUCUUCUGCUUGGCCAUCUUGGUGUUCCUCAUCAACUGUGUCACUUUUGCCUUGAAAUACAGGCAUAAGCAGGUUCCGUUUGAAGAGCAAGAAGGCCUCAGGCAUUCUCACGACUGGGUAGGACUGAGUAAUAGAACUGAGCUGCUGGAGAACCACCUCAAUUUCUCCACCCAACAGGAGGAAUGCAUUACAGCCAUUGACAGGAGCGUGGAUUUAGAAGAAAGUAAAUAUCUCCUUAGUGCCAACCCUCAGAAGAACCUCAACGGCCAACUCUUCCGAUCCACAGACUCUGCCACCUCCCCAGAAAGGAAGGAGCAGAAGAACGAACAGGCCACCUCGCCCACCUCCAAGCGGAAACGUGUCCAAUUCACCACCUUCACCACCAUCUCUUCAGAUGGUGGCUACCCGACGGUCAACUCCAUUCUGACCAGCAGUGAGGACGAUAUCAAAUGGGUUUGCCAAGACAUGGACUUGGGGGAAUGUAAAGAACUAAGGAACUACAUGGAACAGCUACAUGAAAAAGUGUAACAAUACAUCUGAAAAAGAUUCUGUUUUCUUUCUUAUCUCUUCUUUUUUCCCCCUCUCCACUCACCUUUCUGCCUUUACGUUGAGAUAGUAGUCAAAAACAAGGAGCAUAGAGAGAGAAAAUAGAAUUUGGUGCAUAACCCAAAUGUGGGUCAUUGGGUUUUCGUGGAAAAUAUCCAGAGUAUAGUCAAAAAUCCCAAAUAACAAAAAAUAUAAUAUUGAAUGGGACUUGUAGAGAGGUGUUGGAUGCCAACACACAAGGGAAAAUAAAAAAAAAAUGAAUAAAUAAGGAGAAGUCAAGUAAGAUCUCAU